AUGUCGCGUUUCCCCCGUGGAUUCGUGGAGAAUUCACCAAUGGAGAAACCCAAAAUCCCUCUUCGUCCAACAAUUUGCUUCAGGCCGAUAAACCCUUCUGAUUUAGAACGUUUGGAGCAAAUCCAUCGCGACAUAUUCCCAAUCAGGUAUGAGUCUGAGUUUUUUCAGAAUGUUGUCAACGGAGGUGAUAUCAUCUCUUGGGCUGCUAUUGAUCGGAGCCGGCCUGAUGGUCACUCUGAGGAACUUAUUGGAUUUGUUACUGCCAGAAUCGUGCUUGCCAAAGAAAGCGAAAUAUCAGAUCUCAUAAGAUAUGACUCUUCCAAGGGAGAGGAGACAUUGGUGUACAUCUUAACACUCGGAGUUGUAGAGACAUACAGAAAACGCGGAAUAGCAAAGUCGCUGAUUAACGAGGUUGUCAAAUACGCAUCCACUAUCUCCGUGUGCCGUGGUGUUUACCUUCACGUGAUUGCACACAACAAUCCUGCAAUCAGAUUGUACAAAAGAAUGUCAUUCAGAUGUGUGAGGCGGUUGCACGGAUUCUACUUGAUCAACGGCCAGCAUUUCGAUUCUUUCUUGUUCGUCUACUUUAUCAACGGUUCUCGCUCUCCUUGCUCGCCCUUAGAUCUUGCGGUGUUGGUACUGAAUUACAUGAGGAGCGGAAUCAGAUCAGUCGCGUCAAGGCUUACGAUGAAGCAGGAAGAGAAAGGCUUGAAAUGGCUUAAAUGCAAAGACAAUGCGCGGUGUCUCUUGCCCACUCAGACCAAACGAAACGUUGCAUCCGAAAGAUUAUCUUCUGGGUGUCUUGAUCGUGGGUUCGAUUCAAAUUUGUGUAAAAGAGAAAAUCGAGUAGUCAAGAUGUCAGUAAGAGCUAGAAGGAUUGUUUCUAGUAGGCCUGAGACUGUAGCAGCUAAUUACGCGUUUGAUCCGUUAGAAGAUGACAAGAUAAUAAGAAACAGGCUUCUCACACGCACGACCACCACUAGAGGCGAGCCUCCAUUGAAGAAGCUUCAGAAGAAAUCCACUUCUUUCAUCGUCGAAUUAGAAAAAGAAGAAGAUAACUACAGCGAGUGCGCUAGGCUCGCCAAAGCUUUUCUUCAAGAACUCUCCGCUUUCGAGAUCCCUCUUCUCAAGAGCCAAGCGGUUGUUGCUGCGAAGCUUAGGGAGAAGGAGAACUUCAACGACCUUAAAGACGAGACGAAUAGGCAGAUUAUGCAGGCUCAGGCCGAUAUAGAAGAUCUUAAGAAACAGCUUGAGGAGAGUAAAAUAGAGAGACAGCAUAAAGAGGAGUGUGAAGCGAUUAGGAAACUUAUCUCUACGCAGCCGGCGAGGUCAGAGACGCAGAAGGUUAUACAUGAAUUGAAGAAGGAGAUUGUAGAGCUUGAGGCAGAGAGUACUGCAAGCUGGAGACUUCUUGAGCUGAGGAAGAAGCAGUUUGCAUUGUUGUUGCAUGUGGUGGAUGAGUUGCAGGAGACAAUGGAGGAUGAACAGAAGAGUAUGGUGGAAGAAAUGCAGAGGAACAUUUCCGAGGAAUCAACAGCUGCUGAAUCGUCGUCCUCUCUCGUCUAUCAGAGUUUCACCGUCUCUUUCCACGGCGAGUUUGCGAUAGUCCGCGGUAUGCUCAAUUCUGAGCGUUUUCAAUCUUCGUUGUCCGUGGAUUCGAAUAUCCCAGCACUUUCCAUUGAAGAAUUGAUCUCUAGGUCUUGA